CACGGCAAAAUAGUAACAGCCACGAUACCGGCCUUAUCCUACAUCCAGUCGAACGUGCUCGCGUCUCAAACACAAUUCAUCCUCCUGUAACAGUUCAUUACAAGUGAUAUAAUAAAAAAUCGAAAAAAAGGAAUAGGACAAGACCAGUAAAAGGGUACCUUGCGUAUAACUUGAUCGUACCAUGUUGUACUUGUCGUCGAUCAUCAACAAUCAAUUAGGACUCCCGCUGAAGAUAAAAUCAAACCAUUAUUGCGAAGCGAUAUCAAAUCGACGUAAUCUCUCACCUUCUUUCUUCCGGUCGGUUACGCCGCGUGUCGUUAUCAUAGUGCAGAUAACAGUCAUAUUGAGACUCUAGUCGUGCCGAUUACGCAAGUUACCUUUAGAAUUCUCGCCACAGUUUCGAUUACCAUAAAAUACAAGAAGAAGAAAUACAAGAAUAGCCACGUGAACAUGAGCCUCCAGUUUCUUUGUGAAAGACAAAAGUAGAGAUUCUUAAUUCCUGAUAGAUGUUGACUGCAAUUUGGUUUUCCAUUGCUGGUCAUGAAGAUGAGAAUCUUCGAGUCGUUGUUGUUCACGAUUUUUCUGUGCCAUGAGUGGGGUGAAUCUGACACCAUAGAGACCAAGAUUUUAAGACUAUGCGUCUCUCAGAACACGUGCGAAAAUUGUCUACAGGCCAGCUCCUCUUGUGCUUGGUGUAGUGACUGGUCUUAUUCGAAUUUGACAAUCGGAAGGCCGCGGUGCAAUGUACCGAAGAGGCUGGAGGAGUUUGGUUGCGCGCCGGAGGAAAUUCGCACUACUCCACCAGGAUUGAUGAUGCUCCUCGAGGAUUCAAACUUUCAAGAUAUGGAAGCAGACCGAAUACCGAUACAGUUGCGGCCGCAGAAAGUAAAAAUCAAAAUCUCGCCUCAUUCUGAAAUAACGAUUCCAGUUCGUUAUCGAUUAGCCAAAAAUUACCCACUAGACUUAUAUUAUCUGAUGGACCUAACAUGGUCGAUGAGAGACGACAAGGAUACCCUGGUCAGCUUAGGAUGGGACAUGAGUCAAACACUUGACAAAUUCACCACUAAUUUUCGUCUGGGCUUUGGUAGUUACGCUGACAAGCCUCUAAUGCCGUUUAUCUUCCCAGGUCACGAGGAUAAUCCUUGCAAGAGUGAACACGCUGUUUGCUCUCCUAUUUAUUCUUAUUGGCACCACUUAAAGUUAACCAACGACAUCCAACGAUUCAUCGUAGAAGUAAAUGACAGCCUAGUAACUGGGAAUGUUGAUAAUUUGGAAGGGGCAUUGGAUGGAAUCGUGCAGGCGAUUGUGUGUACCGAAGAAGUUGAUUGGGCUCAUCAAGCGCGAAAGAUUAUUCUAGUGGCUACUGAUGGACAAUUACAUUUUGCCGGUGAUGGAAAGCUAGGCGGAGCUGUGAAGCGUCAGGACUUCAAGUGUCAUCUCGACGAGCGUGGUCAAUAUUCUCUAGCUACGAAAUUCGAUUAUCCUUCUCUGGCAGAAUUGUCAAGACUAUUACAGGAACAUAAGAUCAACUUGAUAUUCGCUGUGACGGAAAAUAAACUCGACGAGUACGAGGAGACCGCCAAAUUGCUGAAAGAAAAAGCAAGGGUUGCUACCCUGACCAACGACAGUUCGAAUAUUCUGGAAAUUAUCGAAAGAGCUUAUCACGAAAUUACCUCGAAAGUAAUCUUGCAUGACAAUUCUUCGAGUCCUCUUCAAAUAAAAUAUUUCUCCAACUGCGGCAAGGAAAAUGUUUCGGAGUGGAGUACCUCGGAAUGUGAUGACAUAAAUGAAGGGCAAGUGUACGAUUUCAAAGUCGUUCUAUCUUUCGAUGAAUGUCCAAGGGACGAAAGUUUAUGGAAACAAACCGUUGUAAUCGAGGAUGCGCUGGCUUCCCAAGUAUCGAAAAUAAUAAUCGACGUUGAGCUUCUGUGCGGUUGUAAUUGCAGAGAUACUGAAAGUUCCCAUUGUCAAUACGGAACAAAUGAAUGCGGUCUGUGUAAAUGUGACUUCGGUUGGUCCGGCGAAAUGUGUGACUGUGAUGAAAGUUCACCUGUAAAUAAUGUACAACAAUGUAUCGAAGGCAGCUCGACGAAGAUUUGCUCCGACAGAGGAGAAUGCGUUUGCGGAAAAUGUUUAUGCGACGAAGGAUACAAAGGUGCAUUUUGUGAAUGUUCCGCGUGCGACAAGGUAGAUGGAAUCGAAUGCGGGAAUAAGGGUACUUGCCAAUGUGGUGUUUGUCAAUGUAUAGAAGGCUGGAGUGGAAACGCUUGCCAGUGUCCAACAACGGAUGAACUUUGUAUUGUACCAGGAAGUCAAGAAGUUUGCGCUGGUCACGGAUAUUGCGACUGUGGAGAAUGUCGAUGCAAUGUUACCACGGCAGACGGAUUCUAUUAUCGAGGUACUUACUGCGAGUCAUCGACUGGCGCUGGUGGUAGUGGCCUCUGUGUUCUUUACAAUCCUUGUGUCAACGCUACCAUCGAGGAUCCAGACAAGGUAGAUGAAUUUUGCCAAACGAAUAAUACCACUUACAACACUGAAAAAGUGAAGUCCAUUGAUACAGGAAAUGAACACUAUUGUUUUGUGAAAACAGUGAAGGAUAAAACGACUUGUUUGAUACACUACAUAUACGAGUUUCAGAAGAACAAUAUCGUUACCUUAAAAAUUGGAGACAAGGUAUGUCAAACUGUGAUGCAUGUAGCAGUCAUUCCAUCUGCAAUCGUCAUUGGAAUAGUAUGUUUCGGACUCAUCUGUCUGCUAAUUUGGAAGUUUUGGACCUCUAUACAAGAUAAGAAGGAGUACGAAAAGUUUGUGCUAGAACAAAAGAAAACUGUAUUCAGUUUGAAUGAAAAUCCUUUAUUUAAACCUGCUACGAGCGAAUUUAAGGUUCCUUCGGUAUACAAAGAAGACUAAGGAACUAGUAAAUU